AUGGACGACGACUCUGGACAGGAAUCUAUUAAUUCAUACAACUCACGUGACUCGCUGGGUCAGGUGCCGCACACGUACGUGCCCUCGUCGUCGCAGACGGACGGGUCACGUGGCAGGGCGGGCUCCGAGGCCGGCUCCGAUGGGCGGCUACGUUUGGUGCCCACAGAAACCGUGCGGUCGUUACAGGAGCUGGGUGUUUCGCCUGUAGCUCCCAUUCCGGACAUUAACGCCCCGGCCAACACGGGUUCCGGAAAGGCAAUUUUCCCCGAAGAGUACACCAUGGAAACGGCCACGGGUCUCGUCCCCGUGGCCACACUGCAUUCGCUGGGACGUACCCAGUCGGGUACGCAGGCGGCCACGCGGAUCCGCACUCGGCGCCAGUCGCUAGCCGCGGAGCUAGGCGACGCUAACUCCGGCUCGGACGAAAACAAAAUCUCGCAGAACUCCGAAGACAACAAAAACAACACCGCAGAUAACGACCUAGACGACGACGAUACCGCACCUGAAUACGACCCGGAUAUCGAGUUUGUCACGUUCGUGACAAACGACCCGGAAAACCCUCACAAUUGGUCCCUGGCUACACGCUGGCUCUACACCAUUGUGAUGUCGAUAUUGGUGAUUUCUGUGGCGUACGGAUCUGCGUGUAUCACCGGUGGUCUAGGACUGGUUAGUGAGAAGUUCCACGUGUCUCUGGAAGUGUCUAUUUUGACAUGUUCGCUUAUGGUUAUUGGGUUUUCUCUGGGUCCAUUGAUCUGGUCUCCUGUGUCUGAUCUGUAUGGCCGUCGCGUUGCGUAUUUCGUGUCUCUAGGGCUGUAUGUGAUCUUCAACAUUCCAUGCGCUAUUCCUCCUAAUAUCGGAUGUCUAUUGGCAUGCCGUUUUCUAUGUGGUGUGUGGGCGUCGUCCGGGCUGUGUUUGGUGGGUGGUUCUAUCGCAGAUAUGUUUCCUCCCGAGACCCGUGGACGUGCCAUUGCGUUCUUUGCAUAUGCGCCCUACUGCGGACCCGUGUUCGGCCCGCUUGUCAAUGGGUUCAUUUCUGUGUCCACUAAACGCAUGGAACUGAUCUUCUGGGUCAACAUGGCGUUUGCCGGAGUUAUGUGGCUGGUUGUGGCGCUUAUCCCGGAAACGUUUGCACCCGUGAUUUUGAAGAAACGUGCGGCGCGUUUGCGCCGCGAAACCGGAAAUCCGAAGAUCAUGACCGAACAGGAGGCCCAGGGUCUAAGCGUUCGUGAAAUGGUGAGUGCGUGUCUACUACGUCCCUUGUAUCUAGCCGCCACGGAACCGGUGCUGGAUCUCAUGUGUUUUUACGUGUGUCUGAUCUACUCGUUGCUUUACGCGUUUUUCUUUGCGUACCCGGUCAUUUUCGGCGAAUUGUACGGAUACAAAGAUAACAUCAUCGGACUUAUGUUUAUUCCGAUCCUGAUCGGAGCUUCGGUGGCGUUGGCCACCACGACGUUUUGUGAGAACCAAUAUUUGAAGAUAACGCGGACCCGAAACCCGACGCCGGAAGACCGGUUGCUAGGGGCAAUGAUCGGAGCUCCGUUUGCCGCCAUCGCACUGUGGAUCCUGGGCGCCACUGCUUACAAACACAUUAUCUGGGUCGGACCGGCGUCUUCGGGCCUGGCGUUCGGCUACGGUAUGGUGCUGAUCUACUACUCGCUAAACAACUACAUCAUCGACUGUUACGCGAUGUACGCGUCCGGAGCGCUGGCCACCAAGGUGUUCUUGCGUUCUGCCGGAGGUGCAGCGUUCCCAUUGUUCACUGACCAAAUGUACCAUCGUCUGGGACUGCAAUGGGCCAGUUGGUUGUUGGCAUUCAUCUCGACGGCGAUGGUGUUGAUUCCGUUUGGAUUCUACUACUACGGUAAGGAUCUCCGUGCCAAGUUGUCCAAGAAGAACUACGCUUUCAGCGGCAUGGAGUAA